GACCUGUUUGCUCUGGACCUGGAGCCGUACCGGUACAGCGGUGUGAAUAUGACCGGGUUCCGCCUCCUCAACAUAGACAACCCCCAGGUCGCCUCCGUGGUCGACAAGUGGUCCAUGGAGCGCCAGCAGGCCCCGCCCAAACCAGAGACUGGCAUGCUGGAUGGCAUGAUGACGGUACGUUGGCCAAAAGUUGACAAAGGUUUAUGUGACCCAAAUUUUGUCAAGAAGUAUUUAAUUUAAUGUAUGCAAUAUGCAGGAGACUAUUCUACCAGUUGAUAUUUACUAUCCUCUGUCAGGAGACUAUUCUACCAGUUGAUAUUUACUAUCCUCUGUCAGGAGACUAUUCUACCAGUUGAUAUUUACUAUCCUCUGUCAGGAGACUAUUCUACCAGUUGAUAUUUACUAUCCUCUGUCAGGAGACUAUUCUACCAGUUGAUAUUUACUAUCCUCUGUCAGGAGACUAUUCUACCAGUUGACAUUUACUAUCCUCUGUCAGGAGACUAUUCUACCAGUUGAUAUUUACUAUCCUCUGUCAGGAGACUAUUCUACCAGUUGAUAUUUACUAUCCUCUGUCAGGAGACUAUUCUACCAGUUGACAUUUACUAUCCUCUGUCAGGAGACUAUUCUACCAGUUGAUAUUUACUACCCUCUGUCCAUCUCAAACACUAUCCCUCUUAGUCCUUCUAGUCCUCCUAGUCCUCCUAACCAUCCUGGUCCUCCUACCCUCCUAGUCCUCCUAUCCCUCCUAGUCCUCCUAACCCUCCUAGUCCUCCUAGUCCUCCUAUCACUCCUAGUCCUCCUAGUCCUCCUAUCCCUCCUAGUCCUCCUAGUCCUCCUAACCCUCCUAAUCCUCCUAGUCCUCCUACCCUCCUAACCCUCCUGGUCCUCCUAACCCUCCUAGUCCUCCUACCCUCCUAACCCUCCUAGUUCUCCUACCCUCCUAACCCUCCUAGUCCUCCUAUCCCUCCUAGUCCUCCUAGUCCUCCUAACCCUCCUAGUCCUCCUACCCUCCUAACCCUCCUAGUCCUCCUAUCCCUCCUAGUCCUCCUAGUCCUCCUAACCCUCCUAGUCCUCCUACCCUCCUAAUUCUCCUAACCCUCCUGGUCCUCCUAACCCUCUUAGUCCUCCUACCCUCCUAACCCUCCUAGUCCUCCUACCCUCUAACCCUCCUGGUCCUCCUAACCCUCCUAGUCCUCCUACCCUCCUAACCCUCCUGGUCCUCCUAACCCUCCUAGUCCUCCUAUCCCUCCUAGUCCUCCUAGUCCUCCUUACCCUCCUAGUCCUCCUACCCUCCUAACCCUCUUAGUCCUCCUAUCCCUCCUAGUCCUCCUAGUCCUCCUAACCCUCCUAGUCCUCCUACCCUCCUAAUUCUCCUAACCCUCCUGGUCCUCCUAACCCUCCUAGUCCUCCUACCCUCCUAACCCUCCUAGUCCUCCUAACCCUCCUAGUCCUCCUACCCUCCUAACCCUCCUAGUCCUCCUACCCUCCUAACCCUCCUGGUCCUCCUAACCCUCCUAGUCCUCCUACCCUCCUAACCCUCCUAGUCCUCCUACCCUCCUAACCCUCCUAGUCCUCCUACCCUCCUAACCCUCCUAGUCCUCCUAUCCCUCCUAGUCCUCCUAGUCCUCCUAACCCUCCUAGUCCUCCUACCCUCCUAACCCUCCUAGUCCUCCUAUCCCUCCUAGUCCUCCUAGUCCUCCUAACCCUCCUAAUCCUCCUACCCUCCUAAUUCUCCUAACCCUCCCGGUCCUCCUAACCCUCCUAGUCCUCCUACCCUCCCAACCCUCCUAGUCCUCCUACCCUCCUAACCCUCUUGGUCCUCCUAAUCCUCCUAUCCCUCCUAACCCUCCUAGUCCUCCUACCCUCCUAACCCUCAUAGUCCCAACUAGGUACCACACCAGAACAACUGAGCUAAUUGAUUAGUUCAGUGAUUGACUAAAUUCAACACACCAGGUUUUCCAGGUUGGUUACAGUGCCUUCAGAAAGUAUUCAUACCCCUUGACUUUUCCCACAUUUUGUUGUGUUACAGCCUGAAUUUAAAAUGGAUUAAAUUUAGAUUUUGUGUCACUGGCCUACACACAAUACCUCAUAAUGUAAAAGUGGAAUUAUGUUUUAUUUCUGCUUUUCAUGUUUAAUUAAUUUGUAAAAAUGUCUAGUCUUGACUAAAUAUGUGUUCAACCCCUUUAUUAUGGCAAGCCUAAAUAAGUUCAGGAGUAAACAUUUUCUUAACAAGUCACAUAAUAAGUUGCAUGGACUCACUCUGUGUGCAAUAAUAGUGUUUAACAUGAUUUUUGAAUGACCACCUCAUCUCUGUACGCCACACAUACAUUAUCUGUAAGGUCUUUCAGUCGAGCAGUGAAUUUCAAACACAGAUUCAACCACAAAGAGCAGGGAAGUUUUCCAAUGCCUGUCAAAGAAGGGCACAAAACAUGCAUCCUGUUUGCAAUACGUCACUAAAGUAAAACUGCAAAAACUGUGGCAAAGAAAUUAGCUUUUCGUCCUGAAUACAAAGCGUUAUGUUUGGGGCAAAUCCAACACAACACUGAGUACCACUCUUCCUAGUUUCAAGCAUAAUUACAUUUUUAGUCAUUUAGCAGACGCUCUUCUCCAGAGCGACUUACAUUAUCUUUUUUUUUCAUACUGGCCCCCUGUGGGAAUUGAACCCACAACCCUGGCGUUGCAAACACCAUGCUCUACAUCCCUGCCGGCCAUUCCCUCCCCUACCCUGGACCAAUUGUGCGCCGCCCCAUGGGUCUCCCGGUCAUGGACGGCUACGACAGAGCCUGGAUUCGAACCAGGAUCUCUAAUGGCACAGCUAGCACUGCGAUGCAGUGCCAUAGACCACUGCGCCACUCGGGAGACUAAUGGUGGCUGCAUCAUGUUAUGGGUAUGCUUGUCAUUGGCAAGGACUAGGGAGUUUUUCAGGAUAAAAAGAAACUGAAUAAGCUAAGCACAGGCAAAAUCCUAGAGGAAAACCUGGUUCAGUCUGCUUUCCAACAGACACUGGGAGACAAAUUCCCCUUUCAGCAGGACAAUAACCUAAAACACAAGGCCAAAUAUAUAUUGGAGUUGCUUACCAAGACUACAUUGAAUGUUCCUGAGUGGCCUAGUUACAGUUUUGACUUAAAUCAGCUUGAAAAUAUAUGGCAAGACUUGAAAAUGGCUGUCUAGCAAUGAUUAACAAGAAACUUGACAGAGUUUGAAUACUUUUUUAAAGAAAAAUGUGUCAAUAUUGUACAAUCCAGGUGUGCAAAGCUCUUAGAGACUUACCCAGAAAGACUCACAGCUGUAAUCGCUGCCAAAGGUGAUUCUAACAUAUUGACUCACAGGUGUGAAUACUUAUGUGAAUUAGAUAUUUCUGUAUUUCAUUUUCAUUCAAUUUGAAAAAAAUCUACAAACAUAUUUUCACUUUGUCAUUAUGGGGCAUUGUGUGUAGACGGGUGAGAAAAACAAUCUAUGUAAUCCCUUUUUCAUUCAGGCUGUAACACAACAAACUGUGGAAUAAAUCAAGGGGCAUGAAUACUUUCUGAAGGCAUAAAAUCAAAAACAUGAAGUGCCUGUGGGCCUCCAGGUCCAGGGUUGCCUACUCCUGCCAUAGACUAUUGAGAUAAAUUAUAUCCAACUUUUUUUUUAACACAUCUCUUCCAGACCGAGGCAGCGUUGAUGUAUGAUGCUGUGUACAUGGUGGCAGCAGCCUCCCAGCUCUACUCUCAGAUCACUGUCAGCUCACUGCAGUGCCACAGACACAAACCCUGGCGCUUCGGAGCGCGAUUCAUGAACAUGUUCAAAGAG